AUGGCCAAUUCUGAGGACUGGCCCAGUGGAAGCGAAGCAGGAGGGCGGAGCAGUCGAGCAGACAAGCAGGAGGAAGAUGACUUCGUGGUGAAUCCCUACACGAUUUCCAGCGCCACCAAUAAGGAAAUCGACUACGACAAGCUCAUCAUCAAGUUCGGCUGCAGCCACCUCACCCAGUAGCUGGUCGACAGGAUAUAAAAAUACACCAAGCAGCCCGCCCACUACUUCAUCCGCCGAGGCAUCUUCUUCUCCCACCGCGACCUCGACGCCAUCCUCACUGCCUGCGAAAACCACACCCCCUUCUACUUGUACACCGGACGCGGCCCCUCAGAAGCGCUGCAUCUCGGCCACAUGCUUCCGUUCAUCUUCUGCAAGUACAUGCAGGAGGCCUUCCACGUGCCAUUCAUCAUCCAGAUCACCGACGACGAGAAAUACUUCCACAAGGAAGGCGGAGACCUCGAGGAAUUCACCAACCUCGCCUACGAAAACAUCAAGGAUAUCUUGGCCAUCGGCUUCGAUCCCGAAAACACCUUCGUCUGCCUAGACUCAGUCUACAUGGGACAACUCUAUCCCAACGUCUGCAGGUUCCAGCGUCACAUCAAUCUCACCACCCUCAAGGCCAUCUUCGGACUCGAGUUUAGCGACUGCUGUGGAAAGGCAGCCUAUCCCGCCAUCCAAGCCGCCCUGCUCUCCUCCAGCUUCCCCCACUUCUUCGGCAACAAGAACAUUCCCUGCCUCAUCCCCUGCGGCAUCGACCAGGAUCCCUACUUCAGGAUGACUCGCGACGUCUGCGCCAAGAUCAAGGCGCCCAAGCCAGCAGGCCUCUACAAUAAGUUCUUCCCCUCUCUGCAGGGAUUCAACUCCAAAAUGUCUGCCUCCAUCCCCCAGUCAGGCAUCUUCAUGACCGACACUGCCAAGGAAAUCGAGAAUAAGGUGAAGAAGCACGCCUUCAGUGGAGGCAAGGCCACCAAGGAGGAGCAGGAGAAGUACGGAGCUGUCUCUGUUGAUAUCCCCUACCAAUACCUGCGUUUCUUCCUCGAAGACGAUAAGGAGCUGCAGGAAAUUGGGGAUAAGUACGGAAGCGGAAAGAUGCUGACUGGAGAAAUCAAGAAAAUCUUGAUCAAAGUGCUGCAAAAGUUCGUGCUUGACCAUCAGGCCCAGCGCAAGAACAUCACCAAUGAUGACGUUAAGAAGUUCCUCUCCACCCACCAGCGCAAGUAUACUCCCAAGAACCAGUGA